UGGCCAUGACCCUGCGGAGACUCCGGCGCCUCCGGCCCGGGCAGCCGGAGCAAGAGGCGGUGGCGGCAGCGAGCGGGGCAGGGCCCGGCGUUCCGGGGCACCGCGCGUCGGAGCUGGAGCUGGAGCGAGCCUUGGCGGCCUCGGGGGGCACCUUGCCCCGGACCAGGAGGGGGUCUGGAUUCAAAUGGCGUUCUCUCAGCCAGUCACCCGAGCAACACAGGAAGGUGAUCACGCUGGAGAAGGAAGAAGCUCAAGCCUUUGGUUUUGAGAUUCAGACCUAUGGGCUGCACCAUCAGGACACCAAAAGCGUGGAGAUGUUCACCUUUGUAUGCCGUGUUCAUGACGGCAGUCCAGCCCAGAUAGCAGGGCUUAAGCCUGGAGACACGAUUACUAGUGUGAAUGGUCUCAAUGUCGAGGGCGUCCGCCACCGUGAGAUUGUGGAGAUCAUCAAGGCAUCUGGGAACAUGCUCAGGCUGGAGACCUUGUAUGGCACGUCAAUCCGGAGAGCGGAGCUUGAGGCCCGUUUGCAGUACCUCAAGCAAACACUGUAUGAGAAAUGGGGAGAGUAUCGGUCCCUGAUGGUGCAGGAGCAGCGCCUGGUCCAUGGGAUUGUGGUGAAAGAUCCCAGCAUUUAUGAUACCUUGGAAUCGGUGCGUUCCUGCCUGUACAGCACUGGGUUGGCCAAAGGGUCCAUCCCUUUAGGGAUGCUGUUGCCAAGUUCAAGCAGCUCGUACAGCAGCGUGGGGUGUGUCAGCACCGCCACAGAGGAGAGUGAAGACUCUGUGUAUCAGACUUGCUUUUUUGACUCGGCUGACUCCCUGGACGCGCUCCCUGCAGCUGCCCAGCUCGCACACCCCCGGCAAGCUUUAACCCGCAGCGCCAGUGUCAAAUGCACCAGCAGCAAUGGAGCUGCCCGCUUCUGGGACAAGUCAUGUGACCAAAAGAACUCCGUGGGGACACCACGGCCCAGGAAAAGCAAGCCUGGAAGCUUCCGCAAAAGACUACUCAAAUUCAUCCCCGGAUUGAACCGUUCUCUGGAAGAGGAAGAGAGCCAGUUGUAAAGGGGCGCACAUGACUAGGGAAGUGAGGCAGGGCCUGAUGGGUACCAGGCUGCCUUCCCCUUUUUUAAAGAAGUGGACUAUUUAUUUAUUUAUUUCGGACCAGCAGGAGGAUUUGAGCCUCUGUUGGGGUGGUUCAAAGGGCUCUAAAUCAUUAAGCUUCCAAGUAGAUCUAAAGGCCAGUGGGCUUGGCUGUGCUUUCCAGGAUAUGGACACUGGAGUUGUUUAGGGCAGCUUGACUUCAAGAGGAAACUGGCUGGUGGAAAUAGGUGUCGGUGAGAAUUCAGGAGCAAAUCUACCAGCCAGAGCCCUUGAAGUAGUGGGGCGGGGGGAGAGAUCAGGAAACUCAAAAGGAAAUACAGCACACAGUAGGGCCAAAGAAGCACACGUGGUCUGGCAUUCUGCAUUUCUGGGAGAAUCGUUUUGAAGCCGAUGCUGUUCCAGGAACCGAGUAUAGAUAUUAUCUAUUAAUGCAACUGAGGUUUUGCUUUUGGGGGGGCUUAGGUGACUUCUGGAAAGAUGAGAGUGGAAUGACUUCUGGACUGCUUAACCAGCAGGGAUAUUUUUUGUAGAACCUUCUGGCAGUCUUGGAUGGACUUGGAAUAUUAGUUGUGGGCUCUGUUGUAGGACCGAAGGGGGUGUUAGCAGAAUUGGCGUGUUGACCUAGGCUUGAAGUAGCACAAGGGUUAGGGCUUGCUGUUUGUAUAUUGGGGUAGUGGCCAGACGGGGGAUCAAAGGAGCUUUCAGGGGUAGGUACUGCAAGAGAGCUAAGGGGCACUGGGAUAAUAGGGUUAUGAGAACUCCAGAACGUCUUGCACCCUGUUACUCUCUGGUGCAUCCAUUGGAAGUCAAGAACUGUAAUGAUCUCUGCUUCUUCCCUGGGCUGCCCUAAAGGCCUUUUUGCUUGGCUGCUUCUAAACCACAAAUUGAACAAAGGAAUUCUUAACCCAACAGCAUGAGCUGCUGUAGCAACCAGCAUUUUGUCACUUAUAGUGAUGGUCUUCUAUUAUUGAAAGGAUCUAGAGACUGUAGGGGAAUUUCCCCACGUAUGCUCCUGUCCCAAUUUAAUUGUGUGUGACUUUUGUUUUUGAACCGCUGAGCUCUGUAAUCAGCUCUGAGGACGCUCUUUACCAGCCACAUCCUGCCUGUCGCGUCAUCUCCAGUGGCUGGAUUCCACCACCACCACCCCCCGCCUCCUCCUUGUAUUUAAAAAAGUCCAGAUGCUCUUAAACUUUUUUCUUCUACUAUUUAUAGAGCAGCACUUUUUUUUCUGAACAGCGGGACAGGGAAAGCCCCCCCCCCUUUCCUAUUUCAUGUUCUGCCCAUCGCCCUGCACAAUUUUGGAAGCCGUAAGGAUGCAGAGCAAAACAUGCAUUGGAAGCACAUCAGCCCUACCAGAGUCCCUUUUGGUUGUAACUGUUAGGGUACUUUAGAGAAUGAUGAGAAUAGCCAGAGCCCUGCCCCUUGCUCUCUGAAACAGGUAGUGGGAAAGAGAAGCCAUGGAAAUUAAAGUGGGUAACGUUUAUAAUGUGGACAACCCCUGUUAGCCCAUCCAGGCAGCGUCAUGGGUGCUGGGGAUGGUCUCUGGACCACCCACAAACAGCGGGAGAGCCCUGAACAGUUGAAAACAUUAGGAAGGCCAACCCGGUGAUUACCAACAGCACUGUCUUACUCAGUGAAGACCCUCCUAGAAUUAAUAUAAGCGAAGGGGUUUUGUGGAAGGUGCCGUAGACUUGGCUUGGGCUCAGUCACCUUCUUGGGGGUAAAAUUACCCCUUUGAAAGCUUUAGUUCCAGUCACUCAGACUCUCUCUGGCAACACACAUGGGUGAGAGCAACCAAAGCGGGGUGUGGGGGGGGGCUUUCUUUUCUUUGCAGCAGUAGCUAAAGCUUAUCUCAGGAAAUAGCUGCAGGAAAGCUGGGUGACACAGCAAAGGGGGGGAAAGGACGAAGAGUGCUCAGUGCUAGAUACCUCUGGAAAGGCAGCGCCAGGCUCCAAAGUGAAAGCAGGGCCAAGGGUGGGGGGGGGGGGAGAGGAAGGGAUCAGUGUCCUCAAGAACAGCUUGCAUAUGCAUAAGCAUGUGACUGAGCAAAGGAAGAAAGGAAAGGCUGUUUUUGAACAGGUCAUGCACACCAAUUCUUUCAGAUGUUAAUUUUGUUGGAUAAAUAUAGUAAAAACUAUUCUUU